AUGUGUAUUUUCAAAGCCGCCACGUCUAUGGCCACAUUAACCUUCCGGCUAUCGAGCGGAAGAAAUGGUGUCGCGUUACUGAGCCUGACGGAAUCUGAAGUGGAGAAUAUCCGAGAACAGAUCCGGGACAACAGCGGACAAAACAAUGAACUUCGUAGCGCAAAUGCGCAACUUCAUAACGCAAAUGCACACCUCCGUAUGCAAAAUGUUUACCUUUGUGACCAAAACACGUGCCUCCAGAGUGAGCUGUCGAGAUUAUACGCGAGUGAGAGUUAUCUGAGGCAGUAUGUGGAGGAGCUCCAGGCUAUGCUUAAGGUUUUUAAAUGGCAAGAGGAAGAAGAGUUCCCAAAGUUAGUUGCAAACCAACCGGUGCAGCCGUCCUUGAUUAGGCUAACGGAGGAGGUAUCGCUAUGA